GCCAAUUGAAACCGAUUUCAACAGAAAAUAAAUAUCUUUAAAGUUAUUUGUGAUUGCAAGCUGUUUUUCCGUGGAAAUAAAAAUAAUUUCUGUUUAAAUUAAGAGGAACUUUAUGAAAACAAACAACUCGAAACAGUGUCAAGUGAAAAGUGAAGGUGCUGCUAAAUAGUAAAAAAAAUUAGUGAAACUAUAGGAAAAAUAUAUAAAUAAAUAAAAAACGUACUAUCAACCCAAUCAUCCUAUUUUAUAAAAAGUAAAUACAAACAUUAAACUUUUGAGCAACACAAUAAAUUAAAUUUAAAUGCCUUUGCAGUGACAUGUUUUUAAUAGAAUAAUAUUAGCCUACAAUUUGUGCAACAAAAACGCUCUAAACUAAAACGUAAAGUGGCAAAAAUAAUUUGCUGCUAAGCAAAAAAAGUGACAUAACUACUAAUUACUUUAAUUGCACACACAAGUUUGCUUGACUUCGCUUUUGCUUUACUAUAAUAUAAUUUCCGCAAUUAUCGUUUUCAACUCGAAACUGAAUUAGUGAAAUUCCAUUUUGCUCUUGUCAAUCGGCUGGACAGUAUAGUAAUGUGGCAACCAUUUAACAAGACAAGCUAGGCGCUCUUAAUGGGCCACGCCCACUUGUGGGAAGGCAGGGGACGGGUGUUCAAUCAACUUCGAUGAGCAACAGUUUGCUGCAAUUUAAGUUACACUUUGCCACCUGUCCGUCGACUUCUUGUUCGAAUGCCUGUGCCUCCAACCCCCAAAGAAGGAUACUGCGACCAGAAACCAAACCAAAGCCGAAGGAUACUCGGCCAUUCGUCCUGCCGACGACUUCUUAGCGCCCGCCUGCGCAGCGAACGUAUAAAAGGACGACUCCGGCCGCAGGAUUCAUCAGUUUCAUCAGCCCAAAGGAGCGGCGCGCGUCUCUCAAAUUGGACGCAUGGAAGUCCCACAAAUUUGAAAUUUGUGCAGUGCCUUGGACAAUAAUCAAAGUGCUUAAUUUAAAGUAUGUGUGGCAAAAUAAAAAGUUAAAUUUUUGCCGUUUGUGCUGAGAAACGCAGUUCUUCAAGUUUAAUCCAAAAAUAUCGAUACAGCGAGUUCAGCAUGUGAGAAGAGUAGUGGGGAAAAUGCAAUUUUCACGACCACAGCGAUAAACGGGCCGGAAAAGCGGAGGGAUUGUAGAUUGCCGUGAAGAGCCGCAAAUAGAGCGCAAAUUUCGCUUUUUCUGGCCCCCGGACUUCAGUUCAGAGUUCGGCUGGCUAAGCUAGUGCCGCGAUCGGCGUACACUGCCACGCCUCCAGGCAAGCGCCCCCCUCACGGCAACAUGGAUCGCAGCGGGAGCACCGAUUUCGGAGGAGCCGCUGCCACGACGGGCCGCUCGAAUCCCGCCCCCUGGAGCAACGACAAGGAGUCGCCGAACAAGGACGAGGACGACUCCAACGAGGACGACGGCGACCACGCAACGCCCGCCAAGGUCACCGAUCCGCUGGCCCCCAAGUUGGCCAACAACGAACGCAUGUUGGUGGUGUCCGUGACGGAGAGAACUCGAGAGACGUGGGGCCAAAAGGCGGAGUUCCUGCUGGCCGUGAUUGGCUUUGCCGUUGACCUGGGAAACGUGUGGCGAUUUCCGUACAUUUGCUACCAGAAUGGCGGCGGUGCCUUCCUGGUUCCCUACUGCCUGUUCCUCAUCUUCGGCGGUCUGCCUUUGUUUUACAUGGAACUGGCUUUGGGUCAGUUCCAUCGAUGCGGCUGCCUCAGCAUUUGGAAGCGCAUCUGUCCGGCCCUAAAAGGUGUUGGCUAUGCGAUCUGCCUGAUCGAUAUAUAUAUGGGCAUGUACUAUAACACCAUUAUUGGAUGGGCCGUGUACUAUCUCUUCGCCUCGUUCACGUCCAAGUUGCCGUGGACUUCCUGCGACAAUCCAUGGAACACGGAGAACUGUAUGCAGGUGACCAGUGAGAAUUUCACGGAAUUUGCCACCUCACCAGCCAAGGAGUUCUUCGAGCGAAGAGUACUGGAGAGUUACAAGGGCAAUGGACUGGACUUCAUGGGUCCGGUGAAGCCAACGCUGGCACUUUGCGUUUUCGGGGUCUUUGUUCUGGUGUACUUCUCACUCUGGAAGGGAGUGCGAAGUGCCGGAAAAGUGGUGUGGGUCACAGCCCUGGCUCCAUAUGUGGUGCUUAUCAUUCUGCUGGUCAGGGGAGUUUCUCUGCCCGGCGCAGAUGAGGGCAUCAAGUAUUACUUAACACCAGAGUGGCACAAGCUGAAGAACUCCAAGGUUUGGAUUGACGCCGCUUCGCAGAUAUUCUUCUCUCUGGGUCCCGGAUUUGGCACCCUGCUGGCCCUGUCCAGCUACAACAAGUUCAACAACAAUUGCUAUCGGGAUGCCCUCAUCACAAGUAGCAUCAACUGCCUGACCAGUUUUUUGGCCGGCUUUGUCAUCUUCUCCGUGUUGGGGUACAUGGCUUACGUGCAAAAGACCUCCAUCGACAAAGUGGGCUUAGAGGGACCCGGACUGGUGUUCAUCGUCUAUCCAGAGGCCAUAGCCACGAUGAGCGGAUCGGUGUUUUGGAGCAUCAUCUUCUUUCUGAUGCUGAUCACCCUGGGACUGGACAGCACCUUUGGCGGACUGGAGGCGAUGAUAACGGCCCUGUGCGACGAAUAUCCGCGAGUGAUUGGCCGGCGAAGGGAGCUGUUCGUCCUGCUGCUCCUGGCCUUCAUCUUCCUGUGCGCCCUGCCCACAAUGACCUACGGCGGUGUGGUGCUGGUCAACUUCCUGAAUGUCUACGGACCUGGAUUGGCCAUACUUUUUGUGGUCUUUGUGGAGGCAGCCGGAGUGUUUUGGUUUUACGGCGUGGAUCGCUUCAGCGCGGAUGUGGAACAGAUGCUGGGCAGCAAGCCAGGUUUAUUCUGGCGGAUCUGCUGGACAUACAUUAGUCCCGUAUUCCUGCUGACCAUCUUCAUAUUCUCCAUAAUGGGCUACAAGGAGAUGCUGGGCGAGGAGUACUACUAUCCGGACUGGAGCUAUAAGGUGGGCUGGGCCGUCACCUGCUCCUCGGUGCUGUGCAUUCCCUUGUACAUCGUCUACAAGUUCUGCUUCGCGGCGAAGGGCGGAUGCCGCCAGAGGCUGCAGGAGUCCUUCCAGCCAGAGGAGUCCUGCGGAUCGGUGGUGCCCGGCCAGCAAGGCACCUCGGUGUGACAUGACCACGCCCAGGUCCGUCUCAACAUCCGCACCAGCUGCACCAGCAUCAAGAUCUACAACUUCAACUGCAGCAGCAACAGCAACAGCAACUGCAACAGCUUGUCACCAACAACCUCAGGGGCCGAAGGAAGGAGCUGCCAUGCGGCCUUCCACUCAAACAAUCUCAUCUGCAACCACACCUGCCCGCCGGAGGAUCAGAAUCGUAGCCGUAAUCAGCAACAGUAUCAACAGCAACAGCAUCGGAUCAGCAGCGAUAUCAUUAGUGCUAGUCUUAGGCAG